GAUGAAGCUGAUCCAGAUCAACAUCGUGGCUUUGGCAUGCCUCUCUGCGGUAUCCGCGUUUAUAUCGGAGCCGUAUAUCACCAAGUUCGCCAAGAGGAAGAUGGCCGACGGCUGCUUCGGCGAGAGCGUAAUGGCUGCCUUCAGGGGGAAGAUUCUUGCCGCUAUUGAUAAGUGCAAGGGUUCUGAUCCGGUCAUGCAGAGUGAGCUGCUGGCGCAGUACUACGCCAUCGUCAGAAUCGGGGGGUCCCGACGCAAGAGAUCUACUGUCAGCAGCUUCAGCUCCCAACAACUGCAAGAUACUGGAAGCAAGAUCUCCGAGAUGAUUGAAAGAUUGGGCUGUGUGCUGAAGGAGCUGAAAUUCGUGAGUACAAGAAACGAGCGGACAGUAUAG